AUGGCAAACACUUUUGCUGGCAUGGAAGGAUAUAAACUACAGCCCCAAAAAAGCGUCGCUAUUAACAUCAAACCUAAGCCAUCAAAGAAAGAAACGCUACUGAAAGAAUAUACAUUAAAUGAAGCUUGUAUGCCGAGAGUUGACUCAGCUAUGCAUUUAGGAAUAAUCCGAACGAACUCUUUAAAGAAAAAUAUCAUAGCAAAUAUUGAGGAGAAUAUAAAAAUCAAGAAGAAGUGCUUAUGCUCUACUGGCUUGGCAGAGGCUUCCAUGGAUAUUAGAAAUUUCUUUGGAGCUCCAAAAAUAACAAAGAACAGCAAAGAAGUAAAAAAAGAUGAAACUUCUUCCAAAGUGGUUAAAAAUGAUAAAGGGAGUGAUUCCAAGUCACGUAGCAAGUUAGAAAAACAAAAUUCUAAGGAUAGAGAGAAAAAAGUCACACCAAACAAACAGGAAAGCAAAAGCAAGAAAACCCCACAGACAUCCAAAAAUGAAAGUAAGAAAACUGAAUCUAGUAAAAAGACGAUUAUUCAAAUAGAUUCAGAUGAAGAUGAAAAUGGGAAUUUUUCAACGAAGACAAAAUCAAGAAGCAAACGUCAGUCCAGAGAUUUGUUUAUUGACAGUGAUGAUGAUAAAACUCCUAAGAAAGCGUCUAAAAGGAAGAAAAAGCAAAUAAGCAGUGAUGAUGAAGAAUCAGAAGAAGUUAUCAAACCAUCAAGUAAAAAGACAAAGUCAAAGAGGAAGUCACACAGGGUCUUAGAUUCAGAUGAUGAAGAAGAUCCAAUUCCACAAUCAGACAAAAAAUCAAGAAAGAAAGGAGGUAAAAAGGCUGGUCCUAUUUACCUUGAUGAAUCAGAUGAAGAAAGAAGAAAGAAGUCUACAUUAAAUGCCUACUUUAAAACACCUAGUCCACAAAAGUCUAAGCCAAAAGAAGAGGUGAAGAAACAAGACAGUAAUGUUAGAGGAACACCUGUCAAUGUUUCAGAUUUCUUUGGUGGAGGAUCAGUGAAAAGAACAGAAAGACCAACUGUUGUCAGUAAAAGAAAAUUGGAGGAAGAUGAAGAAGAGAAAGACAAGUUUGAUGAUAUGGAAAUGCAUGACGAUGACGACUUCUUGAAAACUUUAGAAGAUUUAGAUGAAGCAAGACCACCCAAAAAGGCAAGAGUUGAUUCACCAGAAAAAGAAAAAUCAACAUCAAAACCAUCAGUUUCCAGCACAAUAGCCAGCAAACUUGCAGCUAAAGCUAAGUUCCUUGUGGAGGAAACACCUGAGAAAUCCAAGUCAAAUGAUGUAUCUGGUCCAGAGACAGAAAAGAAGUCAUCAAAGAAGGAAUCUCCUGUAAAGAGGUUUUCCCCUGCUAAACCAGAGAAGGUAUCACCAAAGAAACCAUCACCUAGUGCUAGUGAAAAAGCCAGUACACCCAAACCAGAUAAGGCAGCACAUCCUAAAAUCAGUCCUAGUAAAACAUCACCAGAAACUCCUGGUACAAUGGAAAGAAAAGGAUCUAUGUACAAAUCUUAUCUAACCAGGGAAGGACCACAGGCUCUGGGGUCUAAAGAAAUACCAGAGGGUGGAGAAAAUUGUCUUGAAGGGUUGACGUUUGUAAUCACAGGAAUUUUAGAGUCAUUGGAGCGUGACGAUGCCAAACAGCUAGUGGAGAAAUAUGGCGGUAAAGUGACGACCUCUGUCAGUAAGAAGACAUCCUAUAUGGUUGUUGGCAGAGAUGCAGGGGAAAGUAAACUGACAAAGGCCAGAAGUUGUGGAACUAAACAGAUAAGUGAAGAUGAACUUUUAGAUCUAAUAAGAACAAGACCUGGUAAGAAAUCAAAGUAUGAACUCCAGGCAGAGGAAUCAUUUAGAAAGGAACAAGCAGAAAGCCUGAAGAAAAAGGAUAGUAUUAAAACUAAAACCUCAGAACAUUUAUCUAAAUUUGAAAGGACCCCUUCACCGAAAAAACACACAAGUAUUAAAAUGGAAAGUAGUCAUAGUGAAAGUACAAAAACUGUUGCAAAAAGUGAAAGUAAAGUGACUGUUGCACAAAGUGAAAGUAAGGUUAAAGGAAGUGACAAACCAGAAGAAUCAUUAUUAUGGGUAGACAAAUAUAAACCAUCAGCAAUGAAACAAAUUAUUGGACAGACAGGAGACAAAAGUAAUGCUAAGAAAUUGUUGAAUUGGUUGAAUAACUGGCAUAAAAACCGAGCAGCAGGUGUGAAACCUUCAGGUAAAUUCUUUGGUAAAGAUGAGACGGGAGCUGGAUUGAGAGCAGCACUGUUGUCAGGACCCCCUGGUAUUGGUAAAACUACAACAGCCACGUUAGUUUGUAAGGAAGCUGGUUUUUCCUUUGUUGAACUAAAUGCUUCAGAUACUAGAUCCAAAAAGAAUUUACAGUCUGUUGUAGCAGAGUCAUUAAGCAAUACUACAAUGGUAGAUUUUACAGGAGUUCAAGGUUCAAAGACACAUGGUCACAAACAUUGUUUAGUAAUGGAUGAAGUUGAUGGUAUGGCAGGCAAUGAAGAUAGAGGAGGAAUACAGGAAAUGGUAGCAUUGAUAAAGAACACCAAGAUUCCCAUUAUAUGUAUGUGUAAUGAUAGAAACCAUCAGAAGAUGAGAACAUUGUCUAAUCAUUGCUUUGAUCUACGUUUCCAAAGACCCAGAGUAGAACAAAUUAAGGCAGCCAUGAUGUCUCUAGCCUUUAAAGAAGGUCUCAAGGUUCCCCCUCCAGCAUUGAAUGAGAUUAUACUGGCAUCAAAUCAAGACAUCAGACAGGUGAUCCAUAACUUAUCCAUGUGGUCAGCCUCUAACAAGACGAUGACCUAUGAGCAGACAAAGAAAGAUGCUGAAAUGGCUAAGAAGGAUAUGCAUUUGGGUCCGUUUGAGGUUUGUAGGAAGGUGUUCGCUGGAGGUGCUGAAACAGCUGGGAUGACAUUAAAUGACAAAUCAGACUUAUUCUUCCAUGAUUACAGCUUUGGUCCACUUUUUGUCCAAGAAAAUUAUAUUCAUGUUGUGCCAUAUGCUGCAAAAGGAAAUGUAGGUAAACAUUUAUCCCAGUUAUCUAGAGCAGCAGAUAGUUUAUGUGAUGGAGAUAUAGUAGAUAAAUGUGUCCGAACUGGACAACAAUGGGGAUUAUUACCAACUCAGGCUAUAUAUGCCAGUGUGAUACCAGGCGAGCACAUGAGAGGUGGAAUGUCACAGAUGAUACAGUUUCCUCAGUGGCUGGGUAAAAAUUCCAGUACAGGAAAACAUGAUAGAAUCUUACAGGAACUACAAACUCACAUGAGAUUGAACGUGUCAUGUGACAAAAGAGGAUUAAACAUGGAUUAUCUCCCUUUCAUGAGGACAAGCCUGACCAAUCCACUGAUUGAAAAUGAUGCAGAAGGAGUCCCUGAUGUCAUAAAACUAAUGGAUGAUUAUGACAUCAUCAAAGAAGAUUUUGAUAAUAUCAUGGAGGUGUCUAAAUGGCCGAAUAGUAAAGACCCAAUGUCUAAACUGGCUCCUAAGACAAAAGCAGCAUUUACCAGAACAUACAAUAAAGAAGUCCAUAUGACUCCAUAUGCUACUGGUGUUGUGAUGAAGAAGAAGAGAGGUGGUGGUGGUGCCCCAGCAACGGAGGAUGAUAUGUAUGGCGAGGAAGACCGGGCACCAUCAUCCAGUGAUGAGGAAGGAGAGAAAAUUGACCUUGACACAAUGAUAAAAAUCAAGAAGAAAGAAAAUAAGGAUGCAGCUAAAAAGAAAACUGCUGAAAAGAAAACAAAGGCUGCAAGUGCAAAGACUGCAAAUUCAAAGGGCAAAGGUCGUGGAAAAGGGAAAAGCUAGCAUUUGAUUUUAUUUUAGAACUUUCACUAUGAAUUUGAACAGUUGCACAGAUAUUAGUAUAAACCUUAUUUUGAAAUGCAUGUUUAUGAAUGAAUCUGUGUGAAAGAAUUAUUUGUAUUUUGGAAUAUACUAGAAUGUUUGAUAAAUUGACAAAAAGGGUAUUGCAUGUGUCUAGAAAUGACUUUACAUUAUGACUAUUCUAUUAACAUGAUUAAGUAGACUUUGAGGGUAAGAAAGGACUUUCAACUACCAAUGCACCAUCUUUGAUUAGUUCAACAGACAUUAACCCUGAGUGAAUGUCUGAAUAGGGGUUCACUGAAUAGAUAAAAAGUGCAGAAUAAAUAAAAAUCAGCCAAAUUUGGAAGAAAAGAGAAUAAUGGAGUUCUAAAGUAUAAACAAUAGAGAAUAAUGGGCCAAAACAUUAAAGAAUACUGAAUUAAAGGACCUACAAUCCAGAAGCCCUAGGAUUUCUUACAACCAAUGUCUGCCAUUCCUGCCCUGCUCAAUCAUUUUACUGUAAUAGCCCUAAUCAAAACCUCAUUGUUUGUGGCAAUACAUCAAAUAUCAAGGCUGUUGUAGCUGAUAAUCACCUGGGAGCCUGCUUCACAAUAGUUGUGUAUCUGAGAAUUACGAUUGUGUCCUAUUCCUUAUUGCGACAUAUAUCAGUCUUAAAUUCUCAUGGAUGGCAACGCAUGCUUAGCAGAUUUUUAUCCUGUCUUCUCUUGUCUUUCUUAAUAUAUUCAGAACAGAUUUAC